AUGCCCCCUAUUCUAAAACACCACGUCCUAAUCGUCGGCGGAACCUCAGGAAUCGGCUUCGCAGUCGCCGAACUGGCCUUAGCAUCCGGUUGCACCGUAGCAAUCGCCUCAUCAAACCCAACCCGCAUCUCCUCCGCCAUCAUUCGUCUCCAAGCCUCCUUCCUAGACAAAAAGUCCCUAAUCUCCGGCCAUGAAAUCGAUCUCCAAACACCAGACAUCGAAGCCCGCCUCACAACCCUCUUCGAUGCCGUCACCUCCAACAAAUCGAAACUCUUGAACCACAUAGUGUUCACCGCAGGCCGAAUCCCGAAAUUGAAACCCCUACCAGAAAUGGACAUCAUCUCAACCCUAAACCUCACCCAAUCAUCCCUCUCCGCGCCCCUCGCGCUCGGGAAACUCGCUCCACCCUACCUCGUGCCCUCCUACAGCUCCUCCAUCACCUUAACCGGGGGCCGCGUAGCUGACAAACCCCUGCCAAACUACACGCUCUUCUCGUUCUACGCCUCCGGUCUGCACGGACUCGUCAAAAGCCUCGCGUUCGACCUGGCGCCGAUUAGGGUUAACAUGGCGAGUCCGGGCGCGACGGUGACGGAGAUGUGGGGGCCGGAGGAGGUGAGGGAGAUGAUGGCGAAGAAAGUGGGGGAGACGGCGUUGUUGGGGAAGGUGGGGAGUGCGGAGGAGGUAGCGGAGGGGUAUGUUUAUUUCAUGCGGGAUUGGAAUGUGACGGGGGAGGUGCUCAGGAGUGAAGGGGGCGCGAUUUUGCAGUAA